GUAUGUGUGUGUGUGCGUGUGUGUGUGUGCGUUACCAACCAGUAUAUGUCAUCGUCUCACCACUCUGAACCUCCACACAUUUUUUUUUCCUUCUGGUGUGCCCUCUGUAGGUGGUCCUGAUCAAUGCAGUCAAAGACGUGGCCAAGGUUCUGGGUGACCUCAUCAGUGCCACCAAGGCAGCGGCAGGCAAGCCUCACAACAACCCCGCCAUGCUGCAGCUGAAAAACUCUGCCAAGGUGAUGAUGACCAAUGUGACGUCGCUCCUGAAGACUGUGAAGGCGGUGGAAGACGAGGCCACCAAGGGCACACGGGGGCUGGAGGCCACUAUCGAACACAUCAAACAGGAACUGGCUGUGUUCAGCUUUGGUGAUCCUCCCCUCAAGACGUCCACUCCCGAGGAUUUUAUCCGCGUGACCAAAGGCAUUACCCUGGCAACGACUAAAGCAGUUGCUGCUGGGAACUCAUGUCGCCAGGAGGACGUCAUGGCCACGGCCAACCUGAGCAGGAGGGCCAUCGCCGACAUGCUGCACUCGUGCAAGCAAGCCGCCUACCACCCCGAGGUCAGCAAGGAAGUGCAGAGCAGGGCCCUGCGCUAUGGCAACGAGUGUGCUGUGGGUUACCUGGGCCUGCUGGAGCAUGUGCUAGUGGUUGGUGCCUGCCCAGCCAUUGCAGUGGAUGAUGGACAGUGGUCUCAAGGUCUCAUUUCAGCCAGCUGCACCUCUUGAAUUUUGAGAGGUAUUUGACAAAGUGAGGAGAGAGAGACGCAUUAGCACCUGGCUGGGUACCAACGUCCUACAGCACAUUGUCUUGGCGGGUUAAGUUUGGAAUAGGUGUGCAAAAAAAACAGCAGGUGAAGGCGGCACAGAAAGCACCCUUCAACGCCCGAGAUGAGCAGGCUGUGGUGGUCAAGAGCAAGAUGGUGGGCCCCGAUUAUUGCUGCCCAGGAGGAGAUGCUGAGGAAGGAGAGGGAGCUGGACGAGGCCAGGAAGAAGCUGGCCACAAUCCGACAGCAGCAGUACAAGUUCCUGCCCUCCGAGCUCAGGGAGGACGGGCAGGAACAGUGAGGAAACAUACAAAUACAUACACACACACACAAACAUAUACGUACACAUAUAUACAGCAACGACCAAUUAGAUGCUCAGGGCCUACACCUGGGCUCGUAUUAGCGAAAAUAGGAAAACUAAACGGUAUUACGCUUCAAGAGGAUCAAUAUUGGGCCGAGAUAAUUAAAAAGAAAUGAAAGGGGUAAAAAGUGAAAGUUGUAUCAGGGUGUCUUUAAAAAUAAAUAAUCUUAGUUUAUUUGUCACUUUCAAUAGCAUUACAGUGCCACUGAUUGUUUUUGGAUAAUGCAAAAAAAAAGAAAGUCCUUGAGGUAACUGCUUUGAAUAGUUUCUAUGUGAUACAUUUAGCGUUUAGAUUCUUUAGGCUAGCUGUUUUUUUUUUUUCACUGUGGCUUCACCCUCUACUAAGUACAUUUACAUUCUCCUGCCAAUAAAUGAUAUUGGCCUUUACAGCUAGAACGCUAUUAUUUUAGUGAGCACAAUAACUAUCUGUUUGGAGGUGUCUGUGUUCUGUUUUUGGAUUAUAAAAAUGCAGUCAUCGAAAGGUGGGCUUCAGCGGGUAGGUGUUGAGGUCAUACUGUCCCUGACUGACCAAUGAUUUUAACUGGCCACAAUAAAUCUUAAGACAGUCACCAUACACCACAGAGCUCAGCUAGGUGUUUGCCAUAAACUAGUGUGUGGCUUUGGUUAGAUUCCAAAGAAGACACCGUUUUACGAGAAUGUGUGGGUUGUCAGGGAGGCUGCUCCUUUUUAUCUGAACCAAUGGUGUUUAACUGCAUUUUGUUGUAAUUUGAACCAGAGGUGAAUUAUUUACUUUGCGAUUAAACAAUUCAUAGAGAUGAACAAAAAGCCAUGAAAUGCAUUACAAAUGGUAUCUUCUAUUAAAUGUAUAUGUUAAUAAAAUAUCUGUGAGUAGUUGUUUGUCAACAUAUGGACUUUGGCAGUUAUUCUGGACCUGAUGUUUCUUGUUUUACAGCCAUACUUUGUUUUUAAUCAUGAAUGACUGUUCCUUCAGGUGCUAUUGAGUGGUUACAUUUUAUAUCAGAUGUAGACUGUGUAAUAUGCCUCUAAUAGCCAACUGUAACCAGUAGAUUUUUUGAAACAAAUGUAGAAUAUAUUUUUGGGUGAUUUCUCUUGUCACAGUACAAUCCUAUGAUGGCAAUGGUAUACAAAGGAUAUGUAUCCAAUGUUGUUCUUAAAGCCAUCAUUUACCCUGAAAUCCCAGCCUAUUUCACAUUGUCAGAGGCCUCAUUGCAACCUUCUGUCUAUUCAACAUAUCAAUGCAAUGCAUCAAAAAGUGCCUGCUAUAUGUAUUUUCUUUUACUGUUAACCUUUUCCCAUCUUCAAGUGCACUUAUCCAUUUGUUUAACUUAACACAACGUCAUAUAAAUUCACUCUUUUACAAACA